UAGGAGGUCUAGGAGUGUGAAGGGCCCACUGAAAUAUGAAAUAGGUCCAUGGAAGGGCCACACCGACCCCCACCACAUUGAGGUUUGGGGUGAACGACGAAUGUCAAAAUACUGAGCUAAACAAGUGUAGCAAUGAAAUUAAUUCUGUUUAUAAACAAACUAUAAUCGUCUCAGAAAUGGGUUCUGAGAACAGGCGUGUAAUUUUUAAAGCUCACGACAAGAAAAAAAUAGAUCAUGACGAUUUAAUAACAAAGUGUUUUGAAAUCGGCUCAGAUGUGGAAAUGAAAGAAAUCCCCCUAACAGGUGAAGAAUAUCUUCUAAAAGUUAUGACUGAACGUGCUAACGUUGCUGCAGUUACUGUGUGUGAUAAAGACAUUACACAGUUCGCUAAAAACCAAUCACUAUUUUUCAAAGAGCCUCCUGGGGCGAAAAUCGCACCCGAUAAACUCAAAACUACUAUUGAAUGGCAAAAAAUUCAAAUGUCAGACUUCGCAGAAGUCCGGUCAUCUAUGUCUAACAUAAAGGCUAACCUUUUAGAGAAAGGAAUUGGGAAAAAAAGAGUGAAACCAAUAGUAAUUGAUGACGAAUCACUUGAAGGUUGGAAAGUGUUUUUUGAAGACCAUGAUUCCACUGUUACGUGUAUGCUGGGCUUUAGCCCCGAACAGUUGCACUCAGGUUUAGAAAUGCUUACAGAAAUAUUGAAGGAGGUUCCACCUGGAGACACAAUUGAUCAUAAAAUAGGUCAAUGGAUCUACGCUUUCUUGGCAUGUUUAAGACACCCUGCACUUUCAGAAACUGUUAGUCUCUUGAGAGAUCUUGCCAGAACAUGUGCUGAAAUAAGAUCGAGUAUAGAUCAAGAAGAAGAAGAUGCGUAUAUGAAGGCAGCACCCAUGAACCUCUUUAUUUGCAUAGUUGCCAGGUACUUUGAACAAUAUGAUUUAGCAGAUUAAUUUUAUUUUAAUAUGAACCUGGAAUAUUGUGUUGCCCCAAACACGAUGACCAAUCGGUGGUACCUACUUCAUGCAUGUUGGAAACCUUUGUAUUUUGUUGCUGUCCAUUUGAAGGAAGCGAAAAUGUAGCCUCCCGUAAAGCACAACAAAGGACAUGAAAGUUAGUCGCCCUAGCAGUCGUUUUGCAGUUUCAACAGUUGUUUCCUUGUCAGUUGGUACAGGCGGACUGCAACUUGUAUGGGAACUGGGGGCCUACCGCGAAAACCGAAAUUCGCAAAUUGCGGGGAUUUUUAUCUUUUACUCCAAUGAAGGCAUAAUUAGUGUAACAGAGAAAGAUGCCCGCAAUUUGCGAACUUCGAUUUUCGCGGUUAUAGCCCUGCACGCCGACGUUGCAGUUGGCGUGCAGUUGCCAUACAACUUGCAGUCGGGUUGCAGUCCGUCUGUAUCGGCCCUUACGAGACAACAAGGCGAUCGUAAUUUCAAGGUGGGUGGGUGAAGCAACGACUCAGACGGCUAAAUCAUUGAGUUUGUCUGUUCAUUGGAAUACAGCGUCGACAAUUUUUUAUGUAAUUUAUGUUUCAUAAUUAUGACGUGUUUGUUGCUAGCAUACUUUUACUUAUUAUUAAUAAAA